GGAGUGGCGCAGAGUCAGGCACAGCCGCCAGACGGGCGAAGGGCGCAGCGAGAGAGACACAGGCACAAGAGGAGGAGAGAGGCAAGAUGUACCUGACAGAGGCCCCUCCGUGGGGACACAAAUCUAGCCCCCCGGGCAGCACACCUUGGCAUGAGCCUUCCCUGGGUGGCGCCAAUGUCACCGCCAGCUCCCUCUGCCCAGCCAACGCGUCCCGCUGCGGCAUUGACUUCCAGGCGGGCCAGCCUCUCGUGGUGGGGCUCUAUGGCAGUGUGUUCCUCCUUGGCUUGGCCACCAAUGGCCUGACUCUGGGGCCCCUUCUGCACCAGGUGCGCCUCGGGAACAGCCUAGCCGUCUACCUGCUGAGCCUGGUCCUCUCGGACCUCCUCUACCUCUUCACCCUGCCCCUUUGGAUGAUGUACAUACUCCAUGGCCACCGCUGGACCCUCGGUGGCCCGGCUUGCCACGUGGCCGGCUUCCUCUUCUACUCCAACAUGUACGUCAGCAUCUUCCUGCUGUGCGCCAUCUCGCUGGAGCGCUGCCUGGCCGUGAGGCGCCCUCUGCGCUCCCUGCGCUUCCGCGGCCGCCUCUCAGCGGCGUUGGUGAGCGCUUUGGUAGCCCUGCUGGUGUUUCUGGCCCACCUGGCCAUCUUGCUCAGCUCGGAGGGCCUGCAGGCGGCUUCUUGUUAUGACAGCUACCCGCUGCAGCCCGGCGUGGCCAAGUUCGUCUACUUCCGGGUCUCGGCUGGCUUUGCCCUCCCCCUUCUCAUCCUGGCGGUCUCCUACCUGAAGAUUGUCCAAGGGGUGCGAGCCAGCGAGACCCUGCUAGAGGGGCAGAAAGCCAAGGUGCGUCACCUGGCCUUUGGCGUCAUCUCCCUUUUCUUGCUCUGUUUUGCCCCUUAUCACCUUCUGCUGCUGGUCCGGAGCGUGGCCGCCUCUUUCCUUGACCGCUGCUCCUUGUGUGUCUUGGAACAGCACCUCCACCUCCCCUUCUCUCUCUCCCUGGCCGCAUCCAGUUUCAACAGUGCCCUGGAUCCUGUCCUCUACGUCUUGGUGAGCAAUGGGGUCAAAGAAGACCUGAAGAGAGCCUUUGGCCGAGGGCCUAGAUCCUACCCUGCGCAAAGCUCUGUGGCCUUGUGA